AUCUUCUGGCUCCAAUAAGGUUGGCUGUCUAUAGGUCUCUCUCUCUCUCUCUCUCUCUGUCAUACGACCAGAAGCUUCCAAUCUCUAACAAAAUAUUAGGGGUUUUCUAGGGUUUAAAGCUUAAUCCUCAGAACACCUAACUUACCAGCUCAAAGAACCGACCUUUCUAUUAUUAUUAUUAUUAUUAUUUAUAAACAGUAAAAUCACACGAAAACCCUAAAACACACUCUCCAAUGGUUCGCUCUCAUGGUGUCAAGCUUGUUUCUUGGCUGGCUACCCGCUGUUCCUCUUCCAGCCUUUUUGAAGAUUCAGCCAAUUCCGUUUCUAAGAGUCUGUUAAAUGGGAAUUGUAGGAGAUUCAGUAGUGGGAUUAGAAACCCUGUAAAGGUUAUUGGCAAUUGUUCUCCCAAAAAAGUUAACAACAAAAACUGGUUGUUCCUGGGAUAUUUGAAUGCCAAUUUUGGUGCAGCGAGGUCAAUUCAUGCUUCUGCUUAUAUGUCAAGAGAUUAUUAUGACGUACUUGGUGUUAGCAAGAAUGCAAGUUCAUCUGAAAUAAAAAAAGCCUAUUAUGCGCUGGCCAAGAAACUACAUCCUGAUACAAACAAAGAUGAUCCUGAAGCUGAAAAGAAGUUUCAAGAAGUAUCAAAGGCGUAUGAGGUUUUAAAAGAUGACGAAAAGCGGGCACAAUAUGAUGAGGUUGGCCAUGAUGUAUAUGAACAGAAUCUCAAUGGUGAUUUUCAUCCUGGCGGUGCAGGAUUUGAUAAUCCAUUUGAUAGCUUCUUCAGAAUGGAUGAUAUAUUCAGCAAUAUCUUCAAGCAGAAGCUUGGCGGCCAAGAUGUCAAGGUUGCGGUUGAACUAUCCUUUAUGGAAGCUGUUCAGGGAUGCACCAAAAAUAUUACAUUUCAAACAGACGUCCCUUGUGAAACUUGUCGUGGAGAAGGUGUUCCUCCUGGGGUAAAACCUGAACUAUGCAAGCGCUGUAAAGGCACAGGCAUGGUGUUUACUCAAAAGGGCUUUAUUAGCCUUCAACAUACUUGUAAUCAAUGUGGUGGAGCUGGGCAAACUGUAUCGAGUUUUUGCAGGUCAUGCAAUGGACGUAAAGUUGUGAAAGGAACAAAGUCAGUUAAAUUGGAUAUUGUGCCAGGAGUGGAUGACAAUGAAACCAUAAAGGUCCCUAGAAGUGGUGGAGCAGACCCGGAUAGAAACCAACCUGGCGAUCUUUUUGUAACUAUCAGGGUUCGGGAAGAUCCUGUUUUCCGAAGAGAAGGCUCUAACAUUCAUGUAGAUUCUGUUCUUAGUGUCACUCAGGCAAUCUUGGGGGGAACUAUCCAGGUCCCUACUCUCACAGGAGAUGUUGUAUUGAAGGUUCGCCCUGGCACUCAGCCUGGCCAGAAGGUGGUUCUGAAGAAAAAGGGGAUUAAAGCACGAGGCUCUUAUUCAUUUGGUGACCAAUUUGUGCACUUCACAGUCAGCAUUCCAGCGAACUUGACUCCAAGACAACGCGAAUUGAUUGAAGAGUUUGCCAAAGAAGAACAAGGUGAGUAUGAAAAACGUGCUGCGGGAGCCUCUGGGUGAAAGACAAGUGCAAAAUUUUGCCUGCGAAUAACAAUUCCAUGGUUUGCAAGAGAGAAGCAAAAAGAUAAAGAAUAGGAAGAAAAGUCGUAUUAAUACCUGACCUGUAUUGGAAGUUUUGUAGGAGAAUUUAUCUGAGUCUAUAUUCAAACUUUUGUUUAUUUUGUAAGGAAUGUAACAUUUUUCCUCUUAGAGAGCACAAUUAUACUAAUAUUAUUUGAGGUCCGAAACAUAGAUCCCUUCAUUCAAAUACAAUGAUCUUGUACAUAUAUUUUACAUUGAAUGUUACCAUAAAUGUGGAGUGGAUGCCCACAUGCAGUAUAUUGAGACUGAAAUUUUGGUUCCCAA